UAGGCAGGUACUACGUAGUAUGACUACGUCACUCCAGUUUUUACUAGCGGUAUCGCUAAGGCGCAUCACACCAUCUCCUCCACUGCAAGCUGUCGACAUGAUCCCUCUCUCUCUCUCUCUCUCUCUUGUGACACUUUAUCGGAACUGUUAAAAAUGGACACAUCUGCAAGCGAUGUCAGCGACAACCACCAAGGGAGUGAACACACCUUGGCAGACGAGGAUGCUGCUGCUGAAGCGAUAGCGACACGUCGUGCACAGUUAUUAGCUCUGUUAGAUGACCGAGGCUUGACACUGCGACCGGAAUCUAGACUUUGCUCAAAUUAUAUCAGCCGCGGAGAAGGGGACCCGGAGUUUAUUGUUACAACAAUGGAAGAAAUGGAUUGGUAUCAUGCGAAUGGCAAUUAUCACUACGAGGUGAUGGAAGAUACCGAGGAUUUGGACGGAUAUCGACGUUAUGAUAACACAAAGGGGAAAGUCCGUGCCCGUCGCUAUUAUUUCCGGCAGAGACUUUUGGCCGGGGGGUUUUAUGACGAUGAAUCCAUGCCACAAUCUCUUCUCCCAAUGUUAAGAGAAGAACUCUUCGACGCCUAUAUCGAAGAAGCGAAAGCCAUUCUCUCGGUCAUCAGCAACAAUAACAAUAAUCAUCGUGCUAUGCUACACAAAAGUGUUCUUCAGCAACCUCGCACUUCACAAGUAAUUGACCAUAAUUCAAAAGCAGCAUUUAUCAGUAUGUUACCACUUGUUGUACGUCAAGAGCUUGAAAGAUGGUUUGGUCCGGACGAUGCAUAUGAAGAAAUCGGGCGAGCGCUGCUAAAAAACUUUAAAGAAGAAGCGUUGCAGCACAAAAAGCAGCAAAUUAUGCAUCCAGUUUACCACACUCAGGCAAUGAGAAAUCUACUGCGUAACAAGAACGAAAAUAAUGCUGAUGCUUCAAAAAAGCAGUGGCGCGAAGAACGACACAACUUUUAUAUACGAAACAAGGAAUCUCUCGCAAAGCACUGGGAAAUUCAUGAGUCUUACGCCAAAGAGAUUUUUAUGGAGAUCACAAACGAUUACAAGAAGUACCAAAUAUAAAAGGCUCACCUUUUCCGUCUUUUACAAUUACUUGCUUUACCCAUAUUCUGUAUAUCAGCACUAUAUCGAUUGCUUAGUUUGCGCUCAUUGCUACUGUUAACCGCCGAUUUUAUGUGAUUAGAAAGAACGAAUGCGAUGAAAAAAUUAUAUAAGCAAUGUACAAUUUUUUAAGAAUAUAUAUAAAUAACAUUAUAUUCUGACAAGUGCAAAGUGGUGGGAAAGAGAAAGGAGGAGACGCAAAUACGAGAGAAUGAACGAUGAAUAGAGAAAUCGAGCAGUAAAAAGACCAACAAAGUUAUUUAUUUUCAAUAUCGUUGAUCCAUUUACUGAGGGUGGCACCUUUGUCAUCGCCAAGUUCCAG